UCUCACUUAGAUCUUGAAUUAGUUGCUCCUGAGCAGUCAAGGAGUGAACAUGGCCCGACUAACUAUACUGGUUCUAAAUUUGUUUACCAUACACCUGGGUAUUUGUUUCAAGGCUCAAUAUCAUAUCCAGUCUGAUUUAGGCGAAAUCAAGUUUUUUAAAUAUUCCACCCACGGUGGACAAUAUAGAAAAGAGACCCGGCUGGAUGACGGUACAGUUGUUGGUACAUACGGCUGGGUGGACGGUAAUAACGUAGUACGGUACACAGACUAUAUAGCAGACAGCAGGGGAUAUCGAAUACUUAAUCAACGGAAAUCUUAUCUUACACACGAGGAUGAAAACCCGCCAACAGAAUCUUCAAUUAACGAUAUCGUAGACGAACCCAAACGAAAAGUGAUAAAACGACGUAGAGCUCGUAAACGAAAUAUCUAUGAGGAUAGUUCAGUAAGAACGAUUAAGCGAAGGUUGGGCGUGGCAGAAUUAUCAAGUUUAAACUCUCAUUCAACACCUGGGUUUGCUCAAGAGGUGUCAACACUUCAAACAACACCUGGGUUUACUCAUGAGAUGUCAACACUUCGAACUAACACUUUUCCGGAGGCGUUCAGAAUCUCACAGGAACCAUUGGCAUUUCAGGAGACGUUGCCUUUUCAAGAGCCAUUACUGCUUGCAAAUCAAUACCCUAGUGUAGGAGAUAGACCGUAUAUCCGACUACUAGGGGAGCACGCAAUUAUAACUGUUCCCAGGGAGAAUGCAAUUAUAACUGUGAGGAAGGAGGAUGAUGAAAAUUUAACAUUUCCUGAACAGGAGGAUGUUGCAAUCAACAAAGUAUCGGAUGAGGAUAAUCUUAGUUCUGUGCGCCACCCCUCCAAAGUAUUAUUAACCAAGAUAAAGGCAGAUUUAUCUAAUAUAUCUCCUGCUCCGCCUACUCCCCGCCCACGCUCAUCACGACCACGCCCUCAGUUGCCAAGCAUAAGAAGAAUUCUAAGAAUGAGAAAGCGAAUGAAGAAUACAGAUGACAUUAAUGUUUCAGAGAAAAAUCUUAUUUUAGAAAAUGAUUUUGAUAAACUUGAUAAACCUUUGUUUGAAGUCGAUGAACCAACAAGUGAUGUAAACGCUGUGUAUUUCCCAGCUGUUUAAUAUCCACAAAUAGUUUACAAUCAAACAACAAUGGCGCCAAAUAUUAACAUUAUGAAAAUUAAAAAGAAAGAUUGAGAUAUCCAAGUUUUUCAAUCAGAUUGAUAAUAUUCAACUGUGGAUCCAAAAGUGACGAUAUUUUAUCUGUUUUCUAAAUAGAAAGCGACGAAAUCAGAUAAAAUAUUUAAGGGUACCGUUGUGAAUGGGGGCAUGUAUCUCUUUAAGCUUUAAAUUUGCGCCGACGAUCCCCUUUAAGGGGGUUUGGUCAAAACUGUCUUUUACCUUUACUUUCAGUCGAAUUUGAGAAGAAUCUACGAUCUGAUGUAGCUCACCCUGUAUCCUUAAUUGUUACAGCCUAACCCCUUUAUCUAGCUUUAAAUGUUUCUGCAUGCCAUGAUUUUAACCUUUAACUAUCUGAUGUUAAACUCAUCUAAGUUGUUUCUUAAAAUAUCAAGACUGUCAAAGAAAAAAGGCCCAAAAAAAUACCGUAUAGUACAAAUUAGUGAGAUAAUGAUAUGUUAUUGUUUUUGUUAAAUAUUAAAAUACAUUUUUAAUUUUGUUA